GCCGCGCGGCAUGCCGGGGGUUGUAGUCCAGCGGAGCCAUGUGCGCGGCGGUCCCGCGUCCCCUGCUGUGUGGGGGCUGCGGCGGGAGGAUGGUGACCAGGCAGCUGAGCAGGGUCGGGGGGGAGGCGGCAGCAAUAGGAAAUCGGGCCCACUGCACGGCAACCAUCCCAUCAAAGAACAGAAGGAAGGGGAAGAAAGUCAGCGUUCUUUAUGACUCUUUGGAAGGAAGCAUUGCUGAGAAGGAGGAGACUGACUCCAAGAGACUGAAAUGGGAGCCAGGGAACUGGAAGCAGCAGCUGGAUAAUAUCCGGGAAAUGAGACAGAAUAAGGAUGCUCCUGUGGAUCAGAUGGGGGCUGAGAAGUGUUUUGACAGCAGCGCACCUCCGGAGGUGAUGCGCUAUCAGGUUCUGCUGUCGCUGAUGCUGUCCAGCCAGACCAAAGAUCAGGUGACCUCGGCAGCCAUGUCGCGCUUGCGGGAGCAUGGUCUCACGGUGGACAACGUUCUGCAGACAGAUGACGUGACUCUGGGGCGGCUCAUUUACCCGGUGGGAUUCUGGAAGAACAAGGUGAAGUACAUAAAACAGACAACAGCAAUCCUGAAGCAGCAAUACGGGAGUGACAUCCCCAGUACUGUCGCGGAGCUGGUGAACCUGCCGGGAGUUGGGCCCAAGAUGGCCCACUUGGUCAUGGACAUUGCCUGGAAUAACGUGACUGGGAUUGGUGUGGACACCCAUGUGCACAGGAUUUCUAACAGAUUGAAAUGGGUGAAGAAGGAAACUAAAACCCCCGAGGAGACCAGAGUGGCGCUGGAGGACUGGCUGCCCAGGGAUCUCUGGAGUGAGAUAAACUGGCUCCUCGUGGGCUUCGGCCAGCAGAUCUGCCUGCCUGUGAACCCUCGCUGCAAAGAGUGCCUCAACAGGGACAUCUGUCCGGCUGCAAAGAGAUGCUGAGGGAAUGGCUGCUCCUCCUAGAGCAACAGAUCUGCACCGGGGUUGUGAAGCCGCCGGACUCUGAGCCCCAGUAAGACUGCAUUGGGCCUGGAGCAGGGAGGGGACGGGGGAGAGGAGACCUUGUGCUGCAGGGAGAUGGAAUGGGAAUCAGCAGCUACCCAGCAAUAGCAGAUCUCUGAAGAGGAAAAGCUCUCUGAAAUGCAGCCGUCCUGCCGAGUCAGCUCUGCAGGCAGUCCUUGGGUGUGGGUGUCUAACACAAACACUGCGCAGGGACAGUGGGAACGGGGAAAUGCUACAUGCUGCAGUGUCUGAUGGAGCUGGAAGGAGACCUCCGCCAGCUCGGUGCCCGGCCAUGCCUGGAGUCCCUGCCUCAAGCUGUUUGGGCACAAACUGGUUUAAAAAAGGUGGUUUUUUUAUUAAGGUUUUACUGACAUCUCUACAGUGCAGGAGGGAGCCGUGGUGGCCUCAUUCCCCAUACCCAGCUGGAAGGCAUAGCGACUGAGCAGGGCAAGGGCCAGCUGGAGGCAGGAUGGGAGUAUGGGGCAGACCAGGCAGCAGGGAAGCAGCCUUCCAUGGGGCGGAAUAUUACAUUAAAAAGGUAUAAUUCGGGCUUCAUAAAGAUGAGCCCAGCCACCCAGACCAGGAAACUGGGGCUUUGCUGGUAGCCAAGAACCAGGGAAGCAUCGAGAGCGAUGCAGAGAAUGGCCAGCAGGGCCUUUCUUAAGUUCAGCUUUGGCAAUGCUGCCCUCUUCUGAACACACUCUCCCUGUGGGAACUGUUUUGAGCUUGGGCCCUGAUUCAGCACAGCACAUCAAGCAUGUGUUUCAACGCUACUGAAGUCUGCAGGAUUUAAGGACAUGCGUAAAAGCUUUCCUUUGACACCUGCCACAAUGGGGAUGCAAACGUAGCUCGAUUUCUGAUCUUGGUGCUGGGUCUGCCUUUCAAAGGGUGCUGAAUUGCAAAGGGGUUUGUCAAAUGGGUAUGAAAUUUGGAGUGGUCAGCUAUUUGAAUUUUGGGUGUGGGGGGAAUCCGUCACAGAACCACCCAUUCCCGUAGCAGCUGUGGUGGUUUGGCUUAAUCAGAUGAUAAAUAUUGUUUUGACUGAUCCUUCGUGUGUGUCCAGAUUUAACCCCUAAAGAACUGAGGGCCAAUUGAAAUGGAAACAGGAGAACACCUCAGCCAGCUUUAUCACAGCUGGGGGUGGGGGGAAGGAAACAGAAAAUCCCCCUAAAUAUUGCAGGAAUUCCCCCAUGGGACUCUAGUGUGCUUUCAGGUGGCCCUGCACUGAAGUCCAGAGCGUCAAAGAGAUUUAGUUGCCUUUGAGGAACUGAGCCCAAGCUGGGGAAAACUUUGCUACUGAAAUGGUUAAGAUUCCAACAGCUUGUUCUUGCACAAGCAUCACACAAACUUUGCCUAGCAGAGGGGAUAAAUCAGCAACGGGUUGGAGUGGAAGGGCUGCUUCAUUUUGUGUGCAUAAUACUGCAUAAUCUUUAUUCCAGAGCUGUCACCCACACAGCCUACACAUCACAUCUGCGGUGCUCGGUCCUGACCUGGCCAGGCUCUGUGGCUCAGGUGUAAGAACUGCAGGUUGGGAGUUUUUCUCUGUAUUAAAGGUGGGGACAUCCAGAGAGGGACAUCGGGCUUGUGCUUUUUCCUUUUCUCUUUUUGGCUUCUUUCUAAUGUUUAAUGGAUGCCUGCAAAGUUAUGCUCUUUCCCUGCACACAUCAGAAACUGAAGUCUGAUCUACAAUGAGGCCUACUUAAAACUGGAGAAGUAGCGGGUGUAUAACAUCAGAAACACCAAGGAAGAGAGCUGAUUGAGAGAAGUGAUUUUUUUUUAUAAACCUUUAAAAUGUUUAGAUUAUGCCUCUUUAUCCCCAACAGUUGGGCAAAAAGUUCUUUGUGCUAAAGAUUCCCCAUACCCAGCUUUUUCCAGUUAAGUGUUGAGAAAUAUGGAUUUCAGAGUCAUGAAAUGAAGCCAAUACUAGACAUUCCUAAAUUUCAGAAAGCAGUAAACCAAAAUCAAACCUUUCAGACCCCCUUAUACCUCCAAGAAGCUAAAAAGGGCACAAACAAUUUUCCUCUGUUGCAAGUCACCAUUCAAAGCAACAACAAUUGUUAACCCAUUGCAGAACUACAGAGGUUGUUUGGCCCACUCUUCUAACCAACCAGUGAAGGGAAUGGAAUUUAAUAACACACACUCUUCUGCUUCCUUUCUGAAGCUCUUUACAAUACCAAGACUGAAAUGAAGAACAGACUAAUUACCCUUUUAAGCUGUACAUGGCAAAACAAA